AUGCCAGACUCGUUCUUCUCCGCGUCUAAGACGCGCAAACGCAAGCGAUCCACCGGCGAGCACGGAACAGUGCAUGGGACCAGGUCCAGGAGAGGCUCGGCCGCCCGCACAAAAUCGAAACUUGGUUCCGCGUCGGUCUCAAAGAGGAGAGGAGACGAAGAGUUAUCUGAUGCAACCCAAGAAGAAGAUAAUGCUGUCGGCAUAGACGAGUUAGAUUUGAGAGCACCGGACGUCGUUCCUGAUGUGUACGAGAGCGGCGAAGAAGAUGAUGAAGAAACACCAGCCGAGAAACGACUGCGCUUGGCCAAGCUGUAUCUGGAUGAUGUUAAGCAGGACCUUGGAUUAGCGGAAGGAGAGUUCGACGCAGCAGAAAUCGAUAGAGAACUUAUUUCCGCUCGGUUGAAGCAAGAUGUGAUGGAACACUCUGGGAAAGUUCAUCUGUUUGUCGCGGAUAUCUUUAACCUUGAGCAACCACCAUGUCUUCGCACUCGUGGUCACCGAUUCUCCGUGACUACGGCUGUCGCUUCGUCAGACACGUGUUGGCUCUUUACUGCAGGCAAGGAAGGAUCCAUUAUCAAGUGGAACUUACAUACUGGCCGCAAGUCUCACGUUUUCUCGAAAUGCCGCCCUGAGAAGGGUAAGGGUAAGGCAGCCGAAAAUGUAGCUGGCCACACGGAUGAAGUGUGGGCACUCGCAGUGAGUAUGGAUGGCAGAUAUCUCGCAAGUGGUGGGAAAGAUAGGCGCGUCGGUAUAUGGAAUGUGGAGAGUAACGAGUGGAUCAAAGGCUUUGCAGAUCAUCGAGAUUCUAUUUCUUCGCUGGCUUUCCGCAAAGCCUCCCCUAGUGCAUCUUCCUCAACACAGCUAUAUUCGGGUUCCUUUGAUCGCACUCUAAAGCUGUUUGAUCUUACCUCUAUGGGUUAUGUGGAAACACUGUUUGGACAUCAAGCUCCCGUGUUGUCUCUUGACACGCUUCGGAACGAGACAGCGGUAAGUUCAGGUGGACGGGACAAGACAGUGCGAUACUGGAAGAUCCCGGAAGAGACUCAGCUCGUCUUUAGGGGCGGUGGAGGGAGUCAAUGGUCAGAUGCACUAGAUGGGAUAGAGGUGGAUUCGGACGGAGCUGAGACCUCAGCGAAUGCGAUCACACGGAAGAGAAAAGGAAAGGCGACCGAUCCGACAAGCGUGAAGUUUGUGGAAGGGAGUAUUGAAUGCGUAGCAAUGAUUGACGAAACCACAUUUAGGCAUAGGUCGAUCAGUUUAUGGUUGACCCAAAAGAAAAAGCCGGUGUAUACCCAGGCACUGGCGCAUGGAAUAGAUGAGUCGCAAGUAGACACGGAGGAUGUAGAGACAGUUCGAAAACCGCGAUGGGUAACUGCGAUUAGCAGUCUACGAUAUUCGGAUUUGUUUGCUUCCGGAUCAUGGGAUGGAGAGAUCCGUUUAUGGAAGCUUGACUCAAAACUGAAGUCGUUCUCUCUCGCGGGUAGCGUAUCCGCUCGAGGCGUGAUAAAUUCAUUGCAAUUCGUCACACCUUCGAUGGAGUGGUUCGAUACAGCUGAAUGGGCGCGCCCAUCCGAUCGUGUUCCCGGGAAGCAACAAUCCAAAGCCCUAUCAGUUUUGAUGAUUGCUGGUAUUGGGCAGGAAACGCGGUUCGGAAGAUGGGUCCAACAGAAGGGGGAGGGAGUAUUGAAUGGUGCUCUGGUUGUUGCAUUGCAUUGUCGGACAUGA